CUUAAGAGAGAGAGAGAGAACUAGAGAAGGAUAUGAUGGCAACAAAUUUGGGUGUGGUGGAAAAUGGGUGCUGCAAGAAAGGACCAGGUUAUGCUUCUCCGCUUCAAGCCAUGUCUGGCCCCAACGAAACCUUAAUCUAUGUUACUUGUAUUUAUACUGGAACUGGAAAAGAGAAGCCAGAUUACCUUGCUACUGUGGAUAUUGAUCCAAAUUCGCCAACAUAUUCUAAAGUCAUUCAUAGGUUGCCCAUGCCUUACCUUGGAGACGAACUGCACCACUCUGGAUGGAAUGCUUGCAGCUCUUGCCAUGGCGAUCCAUCAGCUGCUAGACGCUUUCUUGUUCUCCCUUCGCUACUGUCUGGGCGCAUAUAUGCUGUCGAUACUCAAAAGGAUCCGAGGGCUCCAUCUUUACAUAAGGUCGUUGAUCCCAAGGAUAUAAGUGAGAAGACGGGGCUGGCAUAUCCUCACACACCUCACUGUCUCGCGUCUGGUGAAAUCAUGGUGUCGUGUCUUGGAGAUGAAGAUGGAAAUGCUCAAGGAAAUGGAUUUCUACUCCUUGACUCCGACUUUAAUGUCAAAGGAAGGUGGGAGAAACCAGGGCACAACCCCCUUUAUGGCUAUGAUUUCUGGUACCAGCCUCGACACAAGACCAUGAUCAGCACAUCAUGUGGAGCUCCAGCCACUUUUACCAAAGGUUUCAACUUUGAGCAUGUUUCUGAUGGUCUAUACGGGAGACAAUUGCACGUCUACAGCUGGCCAGGAGGACAGCUUAAACAGAUAUUGGAUCUUGGAAACUCUGGUCUCCUACCUUUGGAGGUACGAUUCUUGCAUGAUCCAGCCAAAGACACGGGCUUCGCGGCAUGUGCUUUUGCAAGCAAUAUGGUAAGGUUUUUCAAGAAGCCAGAUGAGACUUGGGGUCACAAGGUAGCAAUAUCAGUGAAGCCACUCAAGGUGCAGAACUGGAUUAAACCAGAGAUGCCUGGUCUUAUAACUUACUUCUUGAUAUCGCUCGAUGAUCGCUUCCUCUACCUUUCCAAUUGGUUCCAUGGAGACAUAAGACAGUAUAAUGUUGAAGAUCCUGCAAAUCCACGUUUGGUAGGCCAGGUUUGGGUUGGAGGCAUAAUCAAGAAAGGAAGUCAUGUUGUGGCGGAGGCAGAAGAUGGCACAACUUACCAAACCCAACUACCUCAAGUCCAGGGGAACCAACUAAGAGGAGGACCACAGAUGAUACAGCUGAGUUUGGACGGGAAGCGCCUUUACGUUACAAACUCGAUGUUCAGUACUUGGGACCGUCAGUUUUAUCCGGAGAUGGUGGAGAAAGGCAGUCACAUGCUCCAGAUUGAUGUCGACACGGAGAGGGGAGGUCUAGAGAUCAACCCUAGGUUCUUCGUGGACUUUGGAGCUGAGCCGGAUGGCCCGUCCCUCGCCCACGAGAUGAGGUAUCCUGGUGGAGAUUGCACUUCCGACAUCUGGAUGUAAAACUUCUUUUCUGGACGUGGUUUUAAUAAUGGUUGCAUAUACUCUAGUAGUAGUAGUAUGUUAUUCAAUCCAACUUUAUUUAGUUAUACAGUGUAAUUUCAUCA